CAGACUGAUGGUUAGUUGCUCAGUAGUGAACGAUCCCGGCACAUUGAAGAGUUGUGAUAGUGAACUGGUUGAUCAUUGCUAUAGCGGUUCUCUGUUAGUAGAUUUUGCUGCGCUAAGCCUUCGCUACAAUAUUUUGUUUCAAUAAUAUUCAGGUGAACGAGAGCAGAAGAAAGAUGCAUCCGCUAGCACCCUACGCAUCGUCCAUCUACAUCAUCGGAUUGAUCCUGAUCCUGGCUUCGGUGGCCCACACCGACCCAAUGGUGGACGGUGGUGGUUUGUACGGCGAUAAUAAACAUGCAAGCGACAAACGGCCCUUCUUCGUUGGCAGCCGGUACGGUCGGUCGCAGGUGUACGGUGCCAAGGAUUUGCGGCAGGUCAAUGUGGUCCCACGGAACGAUCGUUUCUUCCUUGGUUCGCGGUAUGGAAAGCGGUCCGAUUUGACGAAGGAAAUCGAGUCCGAUAGCAAUAACGGAGUGGAUCUAACCUAUCUUGCCUGUCUGCAUACGGGCGUUUCCAAUCUGUACCGAUGCUACACCCGCGAUUCGGCCUCAUUGCAUGGACAACAGCAGCAGCAGCAGCAGCCAGAGCACGGUGAUCUGCAGGAGCCGAAUCAGCAGCAGCUGUUUCAUCAGUUCACCGAAAACUCUGACCUGCUGGGGGAAAACUAAUCACGAUCACUCUUGCGCCCAAUGAGUAGAAGGGAGGGUCCGUUUCUACUUUAUAUCUUUACAUCACCUUCAUCCUAACUAACCUGAACCAUUUCUCGCUUUGCCAAUGUAAAGACAAACUAUAAUACAAACCAGUUCAAUGUGGAAAUCCUUAUCCUUUCGGCACAGACAUGAUCCAAUCGUACACACGAGUAACGGAGAGACGGAACAGGGGCUAGGGGAGACAUCAGUACUUAAGGUGCUAAUCUAAAACCAAAUAAAAAGAAGAUAGGUGGACACGGACGGAAUGGGCGUUGGGCAUCGGGUGAAAAAGGGUUUCAGUUUUCACGGGCGUUCGGACGAUGGACAUUCGAAUGGAGGUCAAUGUAGGGAAUACUACACCAGGCUGGGUGAUCUCCAUUCGACGAUUCUCGUUCGCUUCGUAUUAUCUGAGAGGAAGUUACAACAAAUUCUACCUUAAACCGAUCCGGGAAUCGAGGCGAAUCAGUAUCAAAAUACGUAUUUAAAGGCCUUGUUUCUUUACUGGAUGAUGCUGUUUGCGUUGACUAGGAGGGAAUCGUAUGUUUUCCAUCGCAAUGUUAAGUUGGAUCGAUUCAAUGCACACGAUGCGUGUCGAUCCUAAAUCAUGUCCUAGCAUCAAUCGGAAAAUCAGAAGAUCACAAGAUAAAUUUAACAUUCCGAACCAUGUUAUC